CGAAGCUACUCCAUACAUAAUCACCCUCAAGACCAUCCUGCGCCAACCUAUUCACCUGCAGAGGAUAAAAAGGCCCAGGUAUUCCAAGCCACCCUAAUCUUGUGAAUCCUCCCACUCUUCUCACGAUAUCGCUUGGUGUGCAUCUACCAAGAGUCCAGCUUCCUCUCGCCUUCGGCUUCGACCUACCCCUCCAAGCAUCUUCGGAGACCUCAUAUUUGAAUCUCUCAACUAAUUCUUCACGACACUAUCAUGGCAGACGUUGAUAUGACAGACGUACCACCAGCAGCACCAGCCAGAAAGGCUGCGAGCAAGUCAAAGGGCGCGACAGAUGACGGGGCAGAUGGCAAGAAACGCUUCGAAGUUAAGAAGGUACGGUAAACCGGAUCUGCUUACUUUGCUAUGCGCAGAUACUAACUUUCAAAUAGUGGAAUGCUGUAGCUUUGUGGGCUUGGGAUAUUGUGGUCGACAACUGUGCUAUUUGUCGAAACCACAUCAUGGAUCUCUGUAAGUGGUUAUCCAAGGCACAUCUCAUGAAGAAUGAUGCUAAUCAUAGUCUACAGGCAUCGAGUGUCAAGCAAACCAAGCGUCAGCCACCAGCGAAGAAUGUACUGUCGCUUGGGGUAUCUGUAAUGUAAGUCGCAAACCCCAUCCACAAACAUCGUCCCAACUAACUUGAAUCUAGCACGCGUUCCAUUUCCACUGCAUUUCCCGUUGGCUCAAGACUCGUCAAGUUUGCCCCUUGGACAACAGAGAUUGGGAGUUCCAGAAGUAUGGUCGAUAGGCCCUACUUAGAGGAUUGAAAUAGGAGCAAUAAUGGUACAAUCAUGGCACAAUUGGGGGAGAACAACCUGGCAUGGUUAUAUGAAAAUGAAUAUGGUUCCCAGGCAAGGGGCAUCAUGUGUGGGAAGCGAAGCAGCUUUUUUCUUUUCUCCAAAACCCAGAGCAGCACAGGCGU